CUUGUUCGUGUGCAGAGAGUUGCCAGUGACUACAAAGGAACAGGAACGUCUGCAAUUGCUUUGAUAUGGCUGCCUCAGGCAAACCGGCCCGCCAACUCCCCGUGACUCUCCUCUCUGGCUUUCUGGGGAGUGGGAAAACCACUCUACUCGAACAUAUUCUCAAAUCGCCCGAUCAUGGACUCCGGAUUGCCGUCAUCGUCAAUGAUAUGAGCAAACUUAAUAUCGAUGCUGCGCUGAUAACGAACCACCACAUCUCCCAGACGAAAGAGAAACUUAUCCAGUUGCAGAACGGGUGUAUCUGCUGCACUCUCCGUGGAGACCUGCUCGCCGAGCUGGCUCGGUUGACGAAACAGGAAGAGGUGGAAUAUGUCGUGAUUGAGAGUACAGGCAUCAGCGAGCCGAUGCAGGUGGCCGAGACGUUCACGGCGGAGUUUAGCGCGGCGAUGGUUGCCGCUGACGAGGAGGAGGAAGAAAUUCUCACCGAGAUCAACAAUCUAGGAGGUCUGCAUACCAUCGCCCGCCUCGACACGACGGUGACCGUGAUCGAUGCGUUCAAUGUGCUCUCGAACCUGGACACUGCCGAUUUCCUAUCCGAUCGAUACGGCGCCGAUGCGGUCAUCCCCGAAGACGAACGGACCAUCUCCGACCUGCUGGUCGACCAGAUCGAGUUCGCCGACGUAUUGGUCUUGAAUAAGAUCGAAACUGUCGACGCAGACACCCGGAAACGCAUCCAUGAGCUCAUCGGCCUGCUCAACCCGACCGCCAGGUUGAUCGAGUGUAGCUAUUCGCGCGUCGACGUGCGUGAGAUCAUCGGCACCAACCGCUUUGAUUUCCUCAAGGCUGCCUCGGGGGCGGGCUGGUUACGGUCCCUACAUGAGAUGACCCUCAUGAAUACACCGAGUGGGAAAAAGAUGACGCCCAAGCCUGAAACAUUAGAGUAUGGAAUCAAUAAUUUCGUGUAUACAGCCCGUCGACCAUUCCAUCCCCGGCGUCUCUUCACUCUUCUACACGACAAAUUUAUUCUUCUCCAAAAUAAAGAAGAGGAUGAGGAAGAAGAAGAAGGAGAAGGAGAAGAAAACAGUGACAGUGACGAUAGCAUGAGUGUGGACGGCAGCGAGAUGAGUAUUGAAGACUUUGAACAACCGCCGCCCGAAAAAAUCCUCGCGAAUAAACGCUCCCACCCGGCGUUUUCGACUGUUCUACGCUCCAAGGGCUUUUUCUGGCUCGCCACCCGUUCCUUUCAAUUCGGCGAAUGGAGCCAAGCCGGUGGGAUGCUCACUGUGGGCUGUGGCGGGCCGUGGUUCACAGAGGUUGACUGCGACGAGUGGCCCGACGAUGCAGAUGUGGUAAAAUCCAUCCAGGAUGAUUUCCAGGGUGAAUGGGGUGACAGAAGACAGGAGAUCGUCUUCAUCGGCAGCGAUAUCAACAUGCCGCUCAUCUCCAAGUUCAUGGACGAGUGUCUGUUGGACAAUUCCGAGAUGAAGACUUGGGAGGGCGUGAUGAGACAAAGGCUGUCGAGGAAGGAGACGGAGAGAAAGCUGACUGCGAUUUGGGAGGACGGAUGGGAAGACUGGCCUGAGGAUGUUGAUGAGCAUGAAAAUGGCCAUAACCAUGAGCAUAGCCAUGAUCACAGCCAGAAGAGGCGUAUCAGCGAGUAUCUCAAUAAUUAGAAUACAUCUGUAGUGUGAAUGCGC